CAAGGGCGGGGCGGCAGGAGCCGGUAACUGUCGCGCAUGGGCGCUGGGCUUUUUCAACGCUGGGCGCUCGCGCGGGGUGUCAGAGCUUUGCUGCGGCAGCAGCGCCAUUCUCCUUUCUCCCCAUCCCCUAGGAUUAGAGCGGGCGCGCCCCCCUCCUCCCUUCUGGCUGCUGCAGCCCUGCGUUGUAUGAUUGGGAGGUUCCUGAGUGCGAGGCAUGAAGCUGAGUAAAGCCCAGUAUGAUGAAAUAGCCCAGUUCCUGGGGCACGUGCAGCCCACCAGACAGAGCCUGAGGAAGCUGAAGGAGAGAUUCCCUAGUCAAUCGCAGUCCACUCUGCUGAGCAUCUUCUCCCAGGAGUACCAGAAACAAAUCAAAAGAACACAUGCAAAGCAUCACACUGCUGAGGCUAUUGAAACUUACUACCAAAGGUAUGACCUACCUUCCCAUCCCAUUAGAAGGUACCUGAGUGGGGUGAUGAAAAAUGCAGCUGCCCCUGUACUACUGGAGCUAGCCAAUGAGGUGGACUUUGCACCAUCGUUGAUGGCUCGAAUUGUGCUAGAAAGAUUUCUAAAAGAGCAAGAGGGAACUAUCCCCUCCAAGACUCUUAUAAAUAGUAUGCUGCGGGACCCUUCUCAGAUUCCAGAUGGAGUUCUAGCAAAUCAGGUCUAUCAGUGUACUGUGAAUGACUGUUGUUAUGGACCACUGGUGGACUGCAUCAAACAUGCUAUUGGGCAUGAGCAUGAAGUCCUGCUGCGAGAAAUGCUGCUGGAGAAAAAUCUCUCUUUCUUAGCUGAAGAACAGCUUCGUGCAAAGGGUUAUGACAAAACACCAGAUUUUAUUUUAGAAGUGCCAGUAGCUGUUGAAGGACAUAUAAUUCACUGGAUUGAAAGCAAAGCUUCAUUUGGUGAUGAAUGUAGCCACCAGGCCUAUCUGCAAGACCAGUUCUGGAGCUACUGGAAUAGAGCGAGGAUCCCCUGCUCAGUCUUAUCCUUUCCUAUGAAGAUUUUUGUAAAUUUAGUUUGCUCGCACCCUACUGCACAGACGUCAUUUACAUUGACCAGUUGUUUUGUCAUAGCAUCAAAUGAUUCUACGUGCAAGUUUUCUGUCUUUGAGUGGACUUUCUCUUACAGAUAAAACAACUUCAUAGAAGUGCAUUUUCAAUAAAUGACUACACUUUGUUGAGAAACUCUUCUUUUUGCCAGUUUUAUAGUUGUAAGUGCUGGCUCAGGAACAAUCCAAAAUGUAUUAAUAACAAACAAAAUUACUUUAAAAUAACAUUGGAUGUCUUGCUAAAUUCUCUUAGAAAUUAAGUUGGGAUUCUUAAUUCAUAGCAUUUUUCACUGUAUCAGAGUGGCAGACCAUGUCAAUAGAAGAAUAUUUACUAUUCCGGAAACUGUUGGGACUUACGUUGUCUUUAAUUUUUAAUAUUCAAGAGCCCUGUGUUUCUCUUCAGCACAAGAACUUGCGGGGCAGGGGAAUGCUGUCUGAAAAAAAUGCUUUUCUUUGAUGGUGAUAAAAUUUAUCACAUGCUGCCCUGAAGUGAAUGGCAUUGGCAGAACUGUGGCAGGGGCAGAUGGCACAACCUCUGUUCCAAACAUUAGGCGGUGACCUAUGGGACAAGAUAAACAACAUCCUGCUGAACGUUGUCGCUCUGUCUGUAGGUAGCCUACCAUUCUCCUCACUACUGUGCAUUCAAAGGCUGGUUGGGCAUGGCAACUCUCUCACUUUUCUAAGAAGUCAUCGAGCUUAAGGCCAGAAAGGACCACCAGAUCAUCCACUCUUGUAUAUCACAGGUCAUCAACCCCAUCCAGCACCCAUACACUAAACCCAAUAGCCAAAAUUAGACCAAAGCUUUACAGCCAAGAGGAAACUAGACUGUUACAUGUCAUCAGCAGAGAAUAGGAGGGCCCAAAGUGCACUGGUGAAAUGCUUAAGUGAGAUAUACCCUGAUAAUGUACAGAGUACAAGUAGCAUAAAUCUUAACCCUUUUGCUGCAUACGGUAUGCAGAUUUCAGAGGAGAAUGUCGCCCAUAGUACCAUUGCCAGACUAUGCCUCUCUUCACAUCCUCUUCACUCCUGCAGAGUUUAGCAACUAACUGCCCCUCUGUGCUAUGCCAUUGUGAGAGAAACUGCUUCUCUUUUCCUCCAUACUGCCUCUCUCCUCUGUUUCCACGGGAUUGCCAUGGUUUUAUUCCCCUUUGUAGGACCCGUAGCACUCAAGUCGAAGUCUUGAGAGGGGUGUGUGUGUAGACGUACACACAAUGGUCUUUAUUUCCUCCCUUAAACUGUUUUGUAGUUUGAUUUAUGCUGUUAGCGUUGCUGUGAAACACCCAAGAGAUGACCAUUGUUUUUCAGUGGUAAUUUUUAUAUGUGCACAGGUGUAUAUCGGGAUGAAAACUGGCUACAAUAAAAUAUAUAAAUCUAAAUUGACAUUAUUCUAACAAAUGUUUAAUUUCCUCCCCCUACCCUCGUUGUUUAUGGAUGAAGGUUUAUAAGCAUGUUACUCACCAGCCAGUGCACCCCCAGUGGAUGGGCUCUCCUCCUUUAAUGUUUCCUACUGACAGCUGAGCCAAAACUGUGGUGGUCAGUUUCUUCUCGUGACUCCUGGUGGUUCACAUAUAGUCCCACCCCUUCUGGGGCGAACCAGUAAUCCAACUAACAAUGAUCAGUCAACAUCCCUUUCGUCCAAGUCCACAUACAUUCAUCCUUAUCCCUGGUAUCAGGGGGCUUUGAUAGUCUUUACCUUACCCCUUGUGAGAAGAGAGAGGUCUGCUCCAUUUUCCUCAGUGGGUUGGAAGGGGAGCCCAGGCCGUCCCACUCUGCUGGGUUUCAGUCCAGAGACUUUUGAAUAGACAAUCAAGGCCUGACUACACAGAUUACUACCUCCUUGAACCACUUCUUACCUUACCUGGUCUCGGGCCUUUGCCUCAGCUUCUCUCUUUUAUGUCAUCCCCGCUUUCUUUAAGCAUCAAGGCUCACUGCCGAGCUUCUUAGCAGCCGGUUCUGCUGCAGGAGAGUUUUUCCUAUUCUUCUGGCAGGACAAUCCCUGACUCAGCCAGGAGUCUUCCUGAUUCUUACAGGCCCGUCCACCAGCAUGCAGAAUCCUGGACAGAUUCAUUUUUUGCCACUUUGCUUCCCAACUGCCUUAGACUCUGUAUUGCAGGCCUAUUGUCCUUCAGGGAGGCUCUGUUUGCUAGCAGUCCAACUCAUCUUCCACAUUCCAGCCAAGCAUCUCUCACUUAGUGAGAGCCAAAGAUAAGCUCUCAUUGCCCUUUGAGCUCCUUUUUCCAGGCUCGACACCCACUGCAGGUGCAGCAGGGAAAGGCUGAUUGUGCCCAGAGGCUCUCAUUAAGCCCUUCAGGCAUUUUAAAAAUGCAUUCUCACACUUGUACUCUGCAGCUGCUCCAAAGAAGUCUUCACAGUUAUGUUGAACUCAUACUAAAAAUAAUAAACCUUCAUAUCACAGAUUCAGAGUAUAAAAUGCUUGUGUUAGGUGUCCUUAAUGUACAUACUAAUUUGUACUCUUUUAACUUUUGGUAAAUGAGCCAAAGAUUGUGAUAGGCACAUAUUGCAUAAAACCUAAAUUAAAUAAUUUCACACAACAGACUGGAUCCAAUCCUGUCUCAUUGACAAAUAGUAGUGUAAUAUAAAUUAGGCCCUGUUCAUGCAAUGACUUGCACACAUCUUUCAUUUGAUAGAAGUACAUACAUAAAUCUUUGAAUGAUCCAGGCCUUAUACUGUAAUUUUUGGGGGGCAUUUGUAUGGUGUCUAGCACAAUGGAGCCUUGAUCCUGGUUAGGCCUGUAGGUGCAAAUAAUAAUCAGAGCAGGAGUAAGCCCAAUAUAAUGGUUUUGAGACACUUCUUUGUGUUCUAUGGAUCAUUAAUUCUUGGCAACAAUGUUUCAGUACACAGAGUAGACAUUGGACAAGUUAGCUUAUUGUGCAUAUAUUACAUUGUUAGAAAUCAGAAGAUAGAUGUUCAAGUCCUAGUUCUACCACUGAUCUCUUAUGUGAUGUUGAGUACAUUCCUUAAUGUUUCUGUGCUUUAAGUUCCCUAUUUGUAAAAUUCAAAUAACACUACCCUACUGUACAAAGUAUUAUGAGGCUUGUAAAGCACUUUUAAAAACCUGGAUGGAAGAUGAACAGUCUAUUUUUGUACAAUAAUUUUUUGUUAUAAAAAUCCAACUUCCUGCAGUAAAAACUUCAGUUUAAGUUUAAAUCUUCUCAAAACUCUCAUAAUCUUACCACCAAUAUAUACAUCGUUUUUGGAGGAACUGGGGAAACAUGCAGUAGGAGAGCAAGCUACACUUUGGCAUAAAAUAUUAGGAAAGUACCAUCUAGCUGCCUCCAUUUUUUGGCAGGUCUCAGAAAAAUAAGACCCCAAAUUGAAGAUGUUUCUGAUCAAUUUCCAAGGGACUAGUAAGGAGGGGAUGGCUUUCACACUGACCCUACCCCAUCUCUGUCCUCUCUGCCAGUUUGGCACAUGUGUCAAGGCCUCCACAGAGUCUAGAGAAAGGGAUGGUGACUUGAAGGUAUCUGAGGCCUCAUACCAUGUGUGGAGAGUCCCCUUCAUGUGCAGUUCUAAAGGGGAUAAUCUGAGUCAAUAGUACAUAUUGUGUAUUAGGGUUGCAAAAUACCAAGCAUGCGAGAAAAAAUCUUUUUGAAAGUAGCUCUUAUCAGUGUCAUCUAGCACUUGUCAAACUUUUUCAUUUUUUAAUACUCUUUGUGAAGAUGUGCCGUUUCAAAAAUGAGAAUAAGGGAAGAUCAGGAGACAACAUAAGAUGAAUCCAAAUGCCAGCUAUAUGGAAAGGAGACUCAUCCUGCCACAGACAGUUGACAUAUAUACACAAUGAGGCUGUAAUCCCUCUCCCAAAGUUAAAUGGACAACUAUCAAAGAGCAUGCUGGAAAAGAUCCCUUAUAAAAGGCUGAAACCGAAGAGGAGAGUUUACUAGGAAACAGAAUAUCAAAGAGAGUGCAGCUCUGUUUAAUAUUAAAGUAAGAUUCUAAUUUCUAAACUUUUGGAGAGCCAGAGUUUGGGGUAUAAGAUAGCAAGUUUUGACUAUGAAAGUCUCAAGAUAUUUUGUGCAUUUGGGGAUAGUUAUAUCCCAUUUGUAGUGUUUUAUUAUGACAUUACUUUAAUACAAUAAAAAUCCAAGCCAGUUUAAAAAUGAGUGCCUAAAAUUUGGCUCCCAAAUCUAUAUUUUAGGCACCUUGUAAGUAGCCUAAUUUUCAAAAGUGCAGAGCAUCUAGCAGCUUUUGAAUGAGCUGAUGUCAGUCGCUAUCUCUGCUUGAGGUGUUACUCUACAUCUUUAUUCCUUUAACGUGAACUAAUCAGAAGCCAAAUUCUUCUCUUCCUUCCCACUUUUGUAACUGGUGGUCAAAUUAAACUAGUUUUGGGAUUAGGAUCAGUUCCCAGGUAUGAUCUCAUAUUUUAAAUGUUAUCCCAGAUCAAAUUUAUAUGUUACAAACCCCUGAAAUGUGGAGUUUAAAAUGAAAAUGCUGCUACGUUAUCACAUUCUUGGACAGUGUUAGGGUAUGAGUAAAACAGCAUGGCAUGUUUAGCAGUCAGUGUAAAUGGUUUUUUAUAUCUUUACCAUAAAGGCCUCUCCCUCUCUUUGAUAUGAUGUACAAUGGCAAAAAUGCAUAACAUGAAAUUACUAAAAAAAUUAAACCUUUUUAGGGGAAUGUGUUUAUUUCUUAAAUUACAGCUAGAACAAAAAGUUAUAGGCAACAUGGGAUAUUAAAUGUUUUAGUUAUAUAGAAUUACACCAACCUGCCUCAGUCUCUUCAAUGACCUAAAGGAAUUUACACACACACCAUUCCUUUAAGUAGCUUCCACUCUGUUUUUGAGUAUUAAUUAGCUAGUCAGAUUUUAUUAGAGCACAUCUAGUUUUAUAUACUUAACAUUGUAGCAAUAGCUAGGUAGUGCUAUGAAAUGCAGAAUUUUCACUUUUUCCAAAUGUUGGGGGGGAUUGAAAAUCAAGAGACCUAGAAAUCAAAUCUGCUACCUGAAAACAUUAAACAUGAGAUUUUUCUUCCAUCCCUAUUGAUUGCAUGUUCUAGCAAGCAGAUAAUAUGUAUGUUUUUUGUCUUAUGCGUUUUGAAGCGUUACAUUGCCUAAUUAUAGUAAUGGAUAAUUAAUGAAUCAACAUAACAGUUUGGCUGAUGUACACCUGCAAGUAAAACAUCGCAGAUAUCAGCUGCGUUGCGAGAAAACUGGUUAAAGUUAUUUAAUUUUCAAAUUGCAUAAACAUUAACAAAUGCAGUGAUAGUUUUUUAAUGUAAUAUCAUGUUCUGUGUUGUAAACUGAAUUGUUCUUGUAACCAGCAUGGGACAAGUGUAGUAUAAAUAUUGGAAAAGAUUACCCUGAAUUUGUUUGUUCUUUAAUGUCACAAUUUACUUGUGACUUACAGAAGCUCAAAAAUACUUCCAAUCCGUAACCCUGUGCUAUAUGGUGCAAAUAUUGCAUUCUAAAGAAAGUAACAAACUAAGAGAAAACUUUAACACUCAUACAGUUGUGCAUCCUUUGUUACAAGUUGUUUUCUUGCUCUUAACACUUGUUUGUCAUAACACAUUUGUUCACAAAGAAUAUAUAAAUAUCAUGGACUCUUUUAUAAUACAUCCUUACCAGGUAUUGACUAUUUUUCAUUCCAGAGCUUUGCUGCUUGUUGUGGUCCUUUGGACAUGUGCCAGGGAAAUAUGAUGAAGGGAGUUAGAUAGCCACAUGUUUUAAUAAAUGAAGUCUACUACUGCAGUAUAAAAAAGGUUUGAUUUGGGUGGGGAGGGGGGCAGGGUCCUGUGCAUCAUUUUAGUGAUCUACCUUUUGGAAGAGGUUGGCAAAUUGAGCCUUGGGGCAAGGGAGAGACCAGGAGUUAAUGAUUAGAAUAGAAUUUUAACUGUCCAUAGUUUCUUAUUAGAAAAAUGGUCAAUCCUUGCUAACCAUUAUUUUAAAAUCAACGAAUAAAUAGCUUACACAGUAGUAAAGUUAGGAAGCAAUAACUGUAGGAAAGUACGAAUAAAUAGCUUACACAGUAGUAAAGUUAGGAAGCAAUAACUGGAGGAAAGUACAAAAAGCAUUUACUUGAUCCAUUUGAUCUGGAAUUUUGGGAAGAUUUGUAAAGAGUACACAAAAUGUAGACUUGUAAAGUUGGCAGUAACUGCCGACAGAUCCUAAUAUGUUAAAGGUUGUAAUCUUUUGAAAGAAGUUGGUUGGCUUUCCUGUUGGCCCUCCUAUCAACUUUAACCUCCAACCUUCUCCGGCAUGUAUCACUACAAAUAAAACUGCUGAGGUUUGACAAGAGGAUAUAAAGUCACUAGGCCAUCGAACAGAGAUCUCUGCAUGAUUUUCUUCAACCUUAAACUUAAAUGAAUACUGCUCUAAGUCAGGCUUUUUAAUAGGAAGUCAUAAACACUCACCCAUAUCACUUUAGUUUUAAUAAUUACUGUUUUAACAGAAUAAAGGAGAAAUAUACAUAGUAAAUCAUGUUUGACAACUGGUAUUUAGUGGUUUUGUUACUGGUUGUCUUUGACCAUUACAGAUUUCUGUUAUUCAUUUUAAUGUAUACUAUUUCAUGCUAGCUGCAUAUGAUAUUGAUAUAAACAUGGCAUUUUGUAUACAGGUUAUAAAUGAAUUUUUAGCUUGUGAUUAAGACAAACCAGAUGACAAAAAUAAACUAUAUGUUUGCAUUUACUCUACUGACUUCAUGAGAUUAUAAUAAACUUUAGUCACCUGUUA